AUGCCGAGACCUGAUCUGGCAGCUUUGGGGAUAUCCUAUCGUCGCAUUCCGUUACUUGCUAUCGGCCGUCAUGUCUACUGCGAUUCGAGACUAAUCCUCCAGAUCCUGCAAGAAAGAUAUCCUCUGUUUGGAGCUCCUUUGAGCGGUCCAGACAAGGCGGUCCAAAGGCUGCUUCAAGACUGGACGAAUGAUCAAAUCUUCUGGCAUGCAACACACUGCUUACCUUUCGAACGUUCUGCAGCUGCUAGUAGCCCGGCGUUUCUGAACGACAGAUCUGAGGGACUUGGCCGACCGUUCAGGAUCGAGGACAUGAUAAAGGAGAGACCAGAAUCGUAUGGAUACAUUCGCAGCAUGUUCCAGACGCUGGAAUCAUUCCUCGAAGAUGGCCGUGAUUGGAUUGUUGGCAGCGCAAACCCGUCGCUAGCAGACAUUGAUGCCGUGUACAUUGCGCAGUGGAUCGUGACAAGCCCGUUGAUGGAAGGCGUAACCCCAGAGCGGUUCAUCUCGGAGAAGCUGUUUCCUUUUACCUAUGCUUGGAUCUAUCGCUUCAAGCAGGUGGUGCAAGAUGCCGAACCCGGAGCACCUGUGCCUGGUACUUUGAGUGGCAGAGAAGCUCUCGACAAGAUCACCUCUGCACCAGCUACGGCUUUACAAGGCGAUAUUAGCGACACUGACCCGCUCAAUCUCAAACUCGGUCAGACAGUCGAUAUUUAUCCUACUGACUGGGCAUCGAAGCAUGUUGACCGUGGUGAGCUCGUAAUGUUGGCAGCGAACCAGGUGUGCAUUCGAAAUGCCCGAGGUGUUCUAGUCCACUUCCCUCGCUGGAACUUCCGGAUCCAGGUAGCGGAGGAAGGCGGAUCUUCCAUCAGUGUCACUAAGGCGGAUGGUCUACCACUACUGGAUCGUCCUCAUCGGCUGUUCUACCACCCGCUUUCUCCAUUCUCGCGCAAAGUGUACAUGGUCGCUCUCGAAUUGGGCACCGCGGAUCGAAUCGAGCUUCAGACUGUGGUCGUUGCUCCAGUCAAGUAUCCAGGAUGGUCUGAUGAUGUGCCCACCGUCGCCGAGUCAAACCCUCUGGCGAAACUACCGACUCUAGUCCUCGGCAACAACGGCGAUGGCGUUUACGACUCAAAGGUGAUCUGCGAUUUUCUAGAAGACGAAGCCUUGACGGACAAGCGGUCUGACCCUCGACCACGCAAUUGGCGAUUGAGAACUCUUCAGGCUUGCGCCGACGGGAUGAUGGAGGCGCAAGUGCUCAUUCUGUACGAGAAGAAGAUCCGUGCUGAAAACAACAUUGCCUACCAAGCCUGGAUUGAUGGUCAAACCGAGAAGAUAAUGCGGGGAUUUGACCAACUUGAGCUUGAAGUUGGUCGUGGCACGCUUCAAGCUCCGGCUAAUGAUUCACCAGCAUCAGCGGCUGAAUGUGCGGUGGCUGUUUGUGUGGCCAUGAUGGAUAUUGUUGAGGUUCAAUGGCGCGACGACCGACCACAACUGGUAGAAUGGUUCCAACGAUGGCAAGAGAGGGAUUCCUUUGUCGAGACUCGCCCCAGCGUGAAUUGGAAAACCGGAGAGGCUGCCGAUAUUGGAUUUGGCCGAGACGUGCUGAAUGGCAAAAAGGGUUGA